UGGUGAAGGAAGAAAUUGAAGCUUUCCCAACUUCACUUGUUCACUUGAUCAUAUAUAUUGUUGUUAUUGAGAGAAGAAAAGAAACCCUCGUUCGAGAAAAAGAGUGGAAAGAAAUCGAUGAGAUAGAAAAAGAAGAGACUCUUACAUACAUUUUACAGCAGCCGAGAGAGAGAGAGAGAGAGAGAGAGAGAAGCUGCAAGGAUCUAGGUCUCUUUCCUUUCAGCUUAUGCUCGAUACCCAAGCUCUGAAGCAUCUUUGAAGUUGUUCGGAUUGAGUUUUUCUAUUUAAGAAUCUACUAUAGUAGUUCAACGGACAGCCAAAUACAAAAAUAAUGAUGGGUUCAUAUUUCUGCUAACUGUGAUGCUAACCAUCCUCAAUUCGUCAAUUAUAAAAGGCUAGGUGUUUUGUAUUCAAUUAUGCUGGUGUUAAGCAGUCAAGUUGUUAUAGGUUAGAUGAUGAUGGAAAGUGUUAGUGGAGGGAACUCGCUUCCAUCAGGGUCAGAUGGUGUGAAGAGAAAGAUUUCAUAUUUCUAUGAUCCAGAGGUUGGAAACUAUUAUUAUGGGCAGGGCCACCCGAUGAAACCACAUAGGAUUCGAAUGACACACGCUCUUUUAGCCCACUAUGGGUUGCUUCAACACAUGCAGGUCGUGAAACCUACUGCCGCUAAAGACAGGGACCUCUGCAAGUUCCAUGCUGAUGACUAUGUGGCUUUUUUGAGGGGCAUCACCCCUGAAACACAGCAAGAUCAGAUUAGACAGUUGAAGAGGUUUAAUGUUGGUGAAGACUGUCCUGUGUUUGAUGGUCUUUACUCUUUUUGUCAGACAUAUGCAGGGGGUUCUGUUGGCGGUGCUCUUAAAUUGAACCAUGGAAUAUGUGAUAUUGCAAUAAAUUGGUCUGGUGGACUACAUCACGCAAAAAAGUGCGAGGCUUCUGGGUUUUGCUAUGUAAAUGACAUUGUGCUGGCUAUUUUGGAACUUCUCAAGAUACACGAGCGUGUUCUAUAUGUGGACAUUGAUAUCCACCAUGGUGAUGGUGUAGAGGAGGCCUUUUACACAACUGAUAGGGUCAUGACUGUUUCAUUUCAUAAGUUUGGGGAUUACUUUCCUGGAACAGGAGAUGUUCGUGAUAUUGGAUAUGGUAAAGGAAAAUAUUAUUCACUGAAUGUUCCCUUGGAUGAUGGAAUUGAUGAUGAGAGCUACCAUUCAUUGUUUAAGCCAUUAAUGGGAAAGGUGAUGGAGGUUUUUAGACCUGGUGCUGUGGUAUUGCAAUGUGGUGCUGACUCUUUAUCUGGAGAUAGGUUAGGUUGUUUCAAUCUUUCGAUCAAAGGUCAUGCAGAGUGUGUCAAAUAUAUGAGAUCCUUCAAUGUUCCUCUUCUGUUGCUCGGUGGAGGUGGCUAUACAAUAAGAAAUGUGGCACGGUGUUGGUGUUAUGAGACAGGAGUUGCUCUCGGGAUUGAACUAGAUGAUAAGAUGCCUCAACAUGAGUACUAUGAAUAUUUUGGUCCUGACUAUGCUCUUCACGUUGCUCCUAGUAACAUGGAAAACAAGAACUCCCGCCCUUUAUUGGAUGAUAUAAGAGCAAAACUUCUUGAGAAUUUAUCUAGGCUUCAACAUGCGCCAAGUGUUCCAUUCCAAGAGAGACCUCCAAAUACUGAGCUUCAAGAGAGAGAUGAAGACGAAGAAGAUGAUAGAGAUGAAAGAUGGGAUCGUGAUUUUGAUAUGGAUGUUGAUAGCAAUUCUCUUGCACGAAGGGUGAAAAGUGAAUAUGCUGAAGCUGAGCAUAAAGACGUGGAAAGCUAUCAUAAUCAUCUAGACAGUAGAAGAGAUAUUGCUACACCUUUCAAGGAGAUUGCAUGCUCCAAGGUGACAGGGUCCGGGGUGGAUUCAAUGGCUGUGGAUGGACCAUUCAUCAAAGAAGAGCAGGAGAACUUAAUCGAUGAUCACAAGUCAAGAUGAAGCCAUAAUAUGCACGGGUCAGCUCCCACCCAGACAAGGAGUGUCUGUCGACCUGUAAAUUAUAGUUUCCUGUUAACAGCUGUCUGUCAUUCAUUGAUGUUUACCGUGUUUCAAAAUUUUGCUUCAUCUGGAAAAUGAGGGGAUAUAGGGCAAACUUGCUUUUGCUUUUGAUGUGCAACUGUAAUAUUAAGCCGGAUUAAAAGUAAUGGCGGUGCUUAGCGUUCUUCCGUUUUUUUUAGGUAUGAUUUUCCUGCAAGACUUUAUUAAAUUAUCUUGUAAAAUUUAUUAGCUCUUUGUUGGAUCUUUGGGAUGAAGGUGUAAUCAGCCAUCUUGAGUUUCUUGUGAAAACGAUGAAACACCAGCGUUCUUUUGUUAUUAUUGAGUGCGACUAUUAGCACCCACUCUUUUUUGCCACUA